AUGUCGACACAGGCCUCUAACCGGUCAUACAGAUAUCCAGACAAUACCCAACUACCGUACCACAAUGGCAAUCCAAUGCAUGUUGUGGGCAAUGGUAAUUACUAUGUGCAACAAAAUCAUGAUGAUGUUAACUACAUUUCCUCUGAUGAUGGAUCACAGAGCAGUAAUUCUAGAGCUCAAGGUUUUCAAGCACAGUUUUGCACCCUAGACUCAUCUUCGGCCAAUUGUGUUUAUCCUGCACAUAGCUCUACCUCUUCUCAGAGCAUAAGUGGAAGCUCUAUGUCUCAGCAAGAGAGCCACUCUGAUCAUGCAUAUGGUUCCUCUCCAAGUGCAUCGUGUGUUACUCAGGUUCCCACCUGGACACUUAAGGAUCUAGAAAAUGUGAUGCUUGGACCCGAUUCUGACAUAGGUAGCCCUGACAGUUCCUUUCUGCCUGGCACUGCCUUGUAUGAUAACAACUGGAGAGAACUUUUGGGAAUUCAAACUGGGGAUUUGAGGCAGCUAAUUAUAGCAUGUGGUAAGGCUGUUGACGAGAAUGCUUUCUAUAUAGAUGCACUGAUGUCUGAGUUAAGGGAGAUGGUUUCUGUCUCUGGUGAGCCGAUGCAACGUCUGGGAGCUUACAUGUUGGAAGGUCUCAUUGCGAGGCUUUCUUUCACUGGACAUGCCCUGUAUAAAUCUCUGAAGUGCAAAGAGCCUGUGGCUACGAGUUCUGAGCUCAUGUCCUAUAUGCAUCUUCUUUAUGAGAUCUGUCCAUUCUUCAAGUUCGGCUACAUGUCUGCCAAUGGUGCCAUAGCUGAUGCUGUUAAGGGUGAAGACAUUAUUCACAUCAUCGAUUUUCAAAUCGCUCAGGGUAGUCAGUGGAUGACUAUGAUACAGGCCCUUGCUUCAAGGCCUGGGAGGCGACCAUACCUAAGAAUCACUGGCAUAGAUGACUCGAAUUCUGCUCAUGCCCGAGGUGGUGGACUGGAUAUGGUUGGACAGAAGUUGCACAGAAUGGCCCAGUCAUGUGGUCUGCCCUUCGAGUUCAAUGCUGUGCCAGCAGCUAGUCAUGAGGUUGUGUUUGAAGAUCUUUGUGUAAGACCUGGGGAGGCCAUCGUUGUUAAUUUUGCUUAUCAGCUGCAUCAUACUCCUGAUGAGAGCGUGGGCAUAGAAAACCAUCGUGAUAGAAUAUUGAGAAUGGUCAAGAGCCUCUCUCCUAGGGUGGUAACUCUUGUAGAGCAGGAGGCAAAUACAAACACGGCACCUUUCUUUCUUAGAUACAUGGAGACUCUUGAUUAUUACACAGCGAUGUUUGAGGCAAUAGAUGUUGCUUGCCCCAGGGAUGAUAAGAAGCGGAUUAGCACAGAGCAGCACUGUGUUGCAAGGGAUAUUGUCAAUUUAAUUGCUUGUGAAGGUGCGGAAAGAAUAGAGAGGCAUGAGCCUUUUGGAAAAUGGAGGGCAAGGCUUGCAAUGGCUGGGUUUAGACCAUACCCAUUAAGUCCAGUGGUGAACAGAACCAUCAAAACACUGCUUGACAGUUACCACAGCUAUUACAGGCUUGAGGAGAGAGAUGGCAUCCUUUAUCUUGGCUGGAAGAACAGAAAGCUGGUCGUAUCUUCUGCCUGGUGCUGA